AUGUCGCAAUGUGAUGUUGAAAAAAUCGAAACAUUUGUUGCGGCAUUAAACUCGAAUGAAGCUUCAGAAGAUGAUAAAAUGGAUGCAAUGGACUUCCUCGCCGAAUUUAUGAAGCAAAUUGACGAAUUAUUAUUUUCAAUUUCACAUUUCACUGAAUUUUCAAGUUCACAAGCUCUGUUAUUCAUUUUGAAACUAAUUAGUUACUGGAUUAACGACAGAUUUUCAGAAAUUACAGAUGAAAUCCUUUCGGAACUUAAAAACGUAUUAUUCGAACAAGGAUUACAAAUGACAUCCAAAAUUGGUCAAGAAUUUACAUCAGCACUCACUAAUACUCAAAUUGAUUUGAUAUUUAAAGCAUUUCCAGAUAAUUGGCCUUCAUUUUGGCAAGAUAUCCAGAAAUACGGAUCUAAUUAUAUAUUUAGGUUUUCAAAUAUGUUUUGUAACAGAUGCUCCAUCAUUACACCUCAAAUAUUCCAAAAUUUUUCGAAUUUUAAAAAUUCAUUGAUUGCAAAUGACGUAAUUUCUCAAAUUUACACGAUGUCCUUUGGUAAUCUCAACGAAAUAUCGUAUUCAAUCAUAUCUUCUCUCUCAAAAUGGGCAGAUAUCAAUUGGAUUUCCGACGAUUCAUUAUUUCCUUCAUUUUUAUCGGGAAUGAACAAUCCUCAAUACGCAAAAUACAUAUUUGACACUUUUUCGUCGAUAAUUACAAGAAAUCUCGAUGAUUCAAUAAAAUUAUCUUUAAUUUCAAAUGUUGGAAAUCCACAACAUGUUAAAGAGAUAUGUUCUCAAGCACAGAAUACAGAAGUUUACCAGUCGGCUGCUUAUUUCAUUUACAACGCCGGAUUAAUUUUAAUAAACACAGAAAAUUCACUUCCUUACUUUGAAUUAGCACUAGAAUUUUUACAACAGUCCGAACCAAUCUCUUCCAUCAUUGCUCCGUUCAUUUCUGCCUACAUAAAACAAUAUCCUGAAUAUUGCAGCGAUACAAUCCCAAUUGUCCUGAAUUGCUGCACAGAGGCUUUUUCUAAUAUGAAUGAGAGUGGUUUUCCAUCAAUUUCUCAAAAACCUUUUUUAGAUAAUUUAUGUAACAUCAUUUCUUCAUGUUAUUUAGUAGAUAACGACACAACUGUUGCUACCCUCAACAAUAUUGCACAAGAGAACUUCAAUAUAGAGACAAAUAUACCUUUUGUCACCUCAUUUUUAUAUUUAUUAAAUUAUAUGGUCGACAAAACGAGUUCUUCCACAGAUUUCGUUUGCCAGUACAUCAAUGACAUUGUUGCUUUAGCAAGCAUCUCGAAUCCUAUACCUUCUACGCAUAUUUUUUCUGUUUAUUUGUUUUUCAGACUUUUUGUCCAUUUAAAUGACAAAUUCCCUUCCGAAAUCAAGCAAGAUGUCUUCACAUCUCUUAUUAAUUUCAUUGUAGAAGAGGAAAUCCCUGAAACUCAUCUUAAUGGCUGCAUAGAUUUUUUAAUUCAACUUGCAAAGAACCAGAAAAUGCAAUUGACCAUAUCCAUUGAAGUCCUUAUGUUGUUUAUUGGUACUUACAAUGAAUCCCUUGUUGGCGCAGCCGGUGCAUUACUCAGAUUUGUUUCUGUUGACGAAUCUUCUGAAGUUAUUGCCCAAGCAAUACCUCAUUUAGCCGAACUGAUGUUAAAUGAAGAGACAAAACUCCGUGGAACAUCAUGUAUCUUAAGUUUUGCCGCAAAAAUACCGAAUUCCAGUUUAUCUCCAAACUCAAUUUCAUUGUUGAUGGAAGCAAUAUCGACAUGUGAGAUUCCUGCGAUGGAAUCUGAUGACACAAUAUCUCUUUACAUCAAAGCAUUGUCUGAGCGUCAAAAGAGUUCAGCAAACAAAGAUUUAAUUAAUUUAAUGAAUGCCUUAUGUGGUCCAAAAAGUAUUUGUUGUUUUGUCAAUCACAUGAUCGUGAAUAGAAGUUCCUUUUCAUCGGAAGAGCUUGUAGAAGUGUUGAAUGACUUGUACCAGAUAUUCUCUGUUCAAAUCGAACUGUUCCUCUUUGAUUUGGACACUUUAAAUACAAGUGACAGUUAUUCAAUUGUUAUUCGACAAUUUUUCAAGUUAAUGAGUGAUUCCGUUGAAGUUUUGACCGAAGACAUCAUUAAUCCUCUUUUAGAUCUUGCUGAUACAGCUUUAGACAGGUACUACAACAAUCCUAUUAUAUUUGAUGGAGUAAUACAGUUUUUGUCUGCUUUGUCGAAACAAAAUCCAGAUGAAAUAAUCAAAAGAUACUUAGUUGAAUCAUUUAAUUUCAUUUUCAUGAAGAAUUUCGAUCCGAAUAAUCCUAAUGGAAUGAAAAUUGUCCAGAGAGUUUCGAGUUUUCAUCGAGAAUUGGCUGUUUCGAAUCCGGAUUUACUUAUGGAGUAUUUACUCAAUGUGUUUGGAUUCUUUGGUUUAGGAAUUGAUGAUGCAAAUAACUAUAUCGCAAUACAUGACUUGGAUGCAAGAGUAAAGAACGAAGAACUUCGGAAAUUUUUCCAAGAUCUUGUUAGACUCAAGAAAUCAAUUGAAUUUUAA